GGAUAUGCGUAUUCCAAUACAGGCUUAGGAAUGAGUUCAUCAAAGUGUAAUAAGUGUCAGUGUAAGUGUAGAGCGUAGUAAAUGUGAGGUUGCUGCAAAAAUAGUGUCAAAAUAUUUGAGAUUAGAAGAAUGGCUAAUUUGCGUUUAUUUAUCUCAUCGACUACAAAUUUAUUAAAUAAUUAUGGAUUGGCAAGAUGCUCCUUAAUGAAAAGAGGAUACAGCGUAUUUCCACCAAGGUAUGUUCCGCCAAUAUAUAGAAAAGAAGAUCAAGAAACUCUGUUUCAAAGCGAUGAAGCAAAAAAGAUUAUGCAUGAGCAAGUGAAGCCAGCAUUAGUUACUGACACAUGUUCCGAGUUCCGUGAUGAAAGAGUGUUGAAAUUCAUCAAUACUCUUAUGAAGAAUGGAAAUAGGAAAUUAGCAACACUAUUGGUAACCAAAACUUUUGAAUGUGUCAAAAGAUUACAAUUGGAGCGCUAUCACAAGACAACGUCGAGUGAAGCAAAAAGUAAUAUUGAAUUGAAUCCGUUUGUAAUUUUCCAUCAGGCUGUUGAUAAUUGUACACCAAUUUUACAAUUGAGAGGUUGCCGAAGAGGAGGAAUCACAUAUCAGGUUCCUGUUCCAAUUACACCUAUAAUGGCACAGCACAAGGCCAUGUUAUGGUUAAUCCAAGCUGCAAACGGAAAAGACAGACUUGUGAGAAUUUAUGAUGCAUUAGCCAAGGAAUUAAUAGCAGCUUCUCAGAAUCAGGGUCAUGCAGUGAAGACAAAGCUAGAGUUACACAAAAAAUGCCAAGAUAAUCGGGCUUAUGCACACUUCAGAUGGUUAUAAGUAAGAUAGGUUCUAUAAAUAAUGUAUAAAUAAACUUUUGAAACUUAAUAA